ACCAGUCAGACACGGCCCCUCCUCUUCGCUUCCAGCUCCGUCUUUUUAUAUUUAACAUGGCAUUGUUGCUGUUGACUUUCUGAUCAAUCGCCCAACUGGCGCUUUUACUCCGCCGUCGUCGCCUUCAAAUCGAGACUGCCAAGAGUUUCCUGACAGAGGAACGACAAUAUUUAACCGGCGAGUGCAGUAGUUCGGUGCCGAAUCAAAACAGACUGCACGCGUCGUCGGAGGCCAGUCACACCACCGCCGAGUCGUUAAAAUUAAACUUGCUGUGAUUACGGACAGUGCAAGUGCAGCAGUCAGUUACACACACACCCGCGUGUGGAGCACGUGGGCGAGAGCGAGAAGUGCAAGCGCGGUGGGGGAGGACAUGCACGCGUCGCCGACACGAUUUGGCGAAUCGUCUAGUGUUGCUUCCACUCUCCGCUCUAGCGAUUCACGACAGCGAAAAAGCUGUGGCCGGCACAAACGUAGUUGUCUCGCGACUUUGUCCUCGCUCAGCCGACGCUGACAGCUUGCCUUAUUUGCCACUCCUUGCAAAAUUAUUAGCUUUCAUUUUUGCGCUCAGUCCGUACAGUUCCAAGACUUUGUUUUCUUUAUUGGCUUUUGUUUUUCUGCUAUCCGCAGUGACAGUUGAUCUUGUGUUUAUCUUUGCGUUGUGAGGCAUUCAAUGACUGAACGACGGAUUGAGAUAACCAGCAAACAAUCGUUGAAGACCAACAACAUAGUAGCGAGUGAACAAAAGGUGUGCAGUCUUUGGAUACAAUUCUCAGAUAUGCCAAACGAACGUCCGUUAAUUUGGAUAGUGAGAAAAGGAUGGAAGUCUUUAAAACAGCAAUUCCACGAAAUCUAACCUGUUCAUCCGCUGGCGAGCGAUAGUUCAUCAACAAUAUACACACGAACCACUGCCAUUUUAGUCUGUCGAAAAUUAAAAUGCGUCGCAAGAGGCAGUAACAAAAAGUGAUUGCGAGAAGGAGGAGGAGGAGGAGGAGGAGAUGUCGUUGAAGAUGGAGUUUGGAAAUUACAAGGGUACGGGUCCACGAGUUCGGUUGCGUAGACGAGUGGAGCUCGGUAGGAGGCUGACGAGACGACUUUCGCUGGUGGCCAAGGUACCGGCUGCUCUGUUACAUCGAGCUACACCACCGGAACCCCGACCCAUCGAAAUAACCGCCAUCGCUCCAGACAAGACCCAACUCACGUUGGCCGCAGUGUCGCCGGCAGCGGUGUCGUCUGCGGUCGGCCCGGUGCUGCUCAAGUACAGGGUUUGCCGGCCGCGGCUGCUGCUCGCUGGCUCGAGGGCCGAGGUCGAUCCCGCGGCCGACGUGGCCCUUCUGCACGGCGAGGUGCUGCUCAUCGAGGACUCGGCUCGGCAGUACAGCCCCAUCGGAGACAGCGAUCGGCGAUACCGAACGACGGAGAAGCUGCUGAUCGCCGAGGAGGAGUACCGAGAAUGCCUGUGCAGCGCCAGAGAGCUGUACGCCCGGCCCUUAGCGCGGAACUACCCCGACUUUCACGACGUCAUAUUCCAACCACUGGCUGAACUUGCCAAGGUCAGCGCGGAGCUCUGCCGAAGGAUCGAGGGCGCACUCGACAAUUGGGACGCCGAGGCCUUCAAGCCCGGUGAGCUGUUCCCGACAUCGUUCUGGGACGCCUACUGGUCGUAUUUGGAGGGCUACGCCGAGGCGCGUCGCACCCUGGACGAGCUGCAGGCGAACGAGGACCCGCUGCUGCGCUUUCUCGGGCUGCGCCAGGCGGCCGCGAGGCACUCGCCCUCCUCUCUGCUUCUUCUGCCGCUUGUAGGCAAUUUGGACCGACGCCCGCACCUUCGCGCCCGACAAGCCGCGCAUAUCCCAGUCUCUCGCGCGGCGCCAGUCGACUGCUUCGAUUUUUCCUCGUGCUCACCGCCGCCGCCGCCGCCGCCGCAGCCGCGAUGCAUAUCAACGCAUAUUUCCUUCGCUCGCCGCGCGCGUUCAGCUGACUUAAGGCUUUAA